AUGCUGAAGAUUUUAGAGGAGAGCAGAGAUAGAGAGUAUUUAUUUUACUUUGUUGUGGGAUGAUUGUGUUACAUGCAUCAGGUGGUGGCAACAUAUAUAUGUACGGAGGUUGUGUACUUGUGUUACACGCAGCAGAAGGUUCUUGUUACACGUAGAGAGCUGUUCGUCACCAUUAUUAUCUGUUUGAGAUUGGCAUCAAAGAUUUAGUGAUCGACUUGUUAUUAUAUAACGUUUUCAAAUAGUAUAGUUUUUUCUUUUUCUGAUGAACUGACAUAGGUUUUUUGGUUAUAUAUAUAGACUAAAAUCAGAUAUAAGUAAUAGUACGACACGUAUGAUUAGUGACUAAGCUAUUUUUAAAUGUUAUAGUUUUUUUUUAUGGAUGAGCUGGCAUAGGUUUUUUGGUUAUAUAUAUAUAAGCUAAAGCCAGAUAUAAAUUAUAGUGCGACACAUAGAAUUAGUGACUAGGCUAUUUUGACGAUUUUUUUCUUUAAAAAAUAGAGUUGAUAUCGUGUGAUCUGCUAGACUACAUAUGAUAUAUUCGAUCUUUACUUUAAUUAAUUCCAAAACUGAAAUAUGUUUUGGUUUGCUAACGUCUCACAUAAAGAUUAGUUCAUCAAAGUAAUUUUGUAUUUAGAGUUAACUAGUCAAAUUAGUGAGUAAAAUAAGAGGAAAAUCAAGGAAAAUCAAGAAUAUGAAUACCCUCUUUCCCAACUGUUUGAUUUACAGAUUUAUGGUAGUGUAACUAAAACCAUCAGAAUCAUUAGCAAAACAUUUAAUUUAUACUCUCUUUUGCUAUAGACUUUAAUUUCUUCCGGUCCCAAUAGAGAGACCAUUUUGAAUAACCGUUGGGAGUAGCAGCAAACAACAUUUACUUCUAACGGUUAGUUCUUCUUCUAUAUAUACAAACCCAAUCAUUCAUUCAUGCACAACAGAGUCCAAAUAAAACCACAUCAGUCUCAUACACAACUUAACUAUAAUGGCUAAGAUAACUCUUGUUGAUACUCCCCGUCUAUUAUCCUUCUUCUUGUUAUUGUUGGCUGAUCUCUGUUGCAAAGAGAUUCUGGUCGGAGGCAAACACACUGCUUGGAAAAUCCCUUCUUCACCCUCUGACUCGCUCAGCAAAUGGGCUGAGAGUUUGCGGUUUCAUGUUGGAGACUCUUUCGUGUGGAAGUACGAUGGGGAAAAGGAUUCGGUUCUGCAACUGACAAAGGCGUACAUUAACUGCAACACCACAAACCCAGCAGCCAGUUACAGCAACGGAGACACUAAGGUGAAGCUAGAGAGAUCUGGACCUUUCUUCUUCAUCAGUGGCUUUAAGAGCAACUGUGUCCAAGGCGAGAAGCUUCACAUUGUUGCCAUGUCAUCUCGUGGUGGUUUCUUCACUGGGGGAUCUGCUCCUUCUCCGGCACCCUCUCCUGCUCUUUUGGAAGCUCAAGCUGUUCCUCCUGCAAAUGGUUCUGCUUCUUCUUUGACUAGUCGGAUUGGGGUUUUGGCAUUUGUUGGAUUAGCAAUCGUUUUGCUCUGAGUUUACCUAUAUAGACUUUGUUUAGAUUCCAUCUCUGCUAGCUAUAGAUUCUUUUAGUCUAUGAGAUUGUUUUAAAAUCCUUUUGAAAUCAGUUACUUAACCACGAUUGACUCUUUAGGGAUUAUAAAAUAAAGACCAAGGACAAGAAAAAAAAGGAUCAUAUAUUCUCUUUCUACUUGUA